GCUAGUCCAUCCUGCUCGCACACACGCGCAGACACAGGUGCAAGAGGUCUGCUGGUCGUCUGCCUGCCAGGCCCAGCUGUGCGCGCGUGUUUGUUUGCGUGCGUGCGUGCGUGCGUGCGUGUGUGUGUCGGCGAGGCUAUGCCGGUACGUGCAGCAGUCAGUGGUGGUGUUAUGAGUGCAAAGUGCUGCGGGCACUUCGAGCUACGCUUCACGCUAACGUCAUAUACAGUAGCAGCAGCUGUUAGAUAACUCUUAAGACAUGACAAUGAGCGAAUAUUACGAGGUCCUGGAGGUGAAACGGGGCGCAACAGACCAAGAAAUCAAGAAAGCGUACCGCCGCCUGGCUCUAAAAUGGCAUCCGGAUAAAAACCCGGAUAAGAAGGAAGACGCUGAGCAUAGGUUCAAGAAGAUCUCUGAAGCCUAUGAAGUCCUCUCAAACAGUCGCCCGAGCCGGACUCGGCUCAAUAACGGCAGCCGGACCACGGUGGGCACGCUCGGCAACCUCGGCUACUCUUCGGGCUUCUUCGGCUUUCCGAGUCCGAGCCUAGGCUUCAGCUACAACGGGUUCGCCAACGAUGCGCUCACACCCGGGUUCUCGUUCUUCAGUAGUUCUACCAGCAGCCUGCGUGCGGCGCCCGCUGCUGACGGCGCCAACAUGAAGGUGCGCAAAACCUCGACGUCAACCAAGUUCGUCAACGGAAAGAAAGUCGUUGUAAAGAAAAUCACCGAGAAUGGGUCAGAGACGGUCACCACGUUCGAGGACGGCGUACUGAAGGCAAAAUCCAUAAACGGCGUGCAACAGGCUAUAACCAGCGCAUAGGUGCACCGAGCGAGUAAUAUAAAUGUUAAUAGCUAAUGCAGAAAUCAUCAAAUUCGACCCAUGACAUGUCAAAGCGUUUUUUUAAAUCGCUGCUUUUAUCCGUCAGUAUGUCCUGAGACGAGAUCCUGUCCUGAAACAAUUAUUCAAUACUUCGUAAUAAAUUCAUUGAUGAUAAAUUUACCUCAGUUUAAUGGCAAACCUCACCACCAGGUGGCGCCAGUAUUUUUACGGAAGGGUCUACUAUGGGGCGAGAAAAUUAAGGGUACGGGAAAAAUAGAGAAAAGUACGGGAUAAUAAGUGAAAGUUACCCUCGGAUUCGACGAUUUCUGCCAACUCGGUCCAGUUAGCACUAAUUGCAAUUGUAAGAAUCUUUUUGUGUGUGUUUGAUGACGUAUACUUGUGAAGCUAUGCUCAAUGUGAAUGAAAUCAGGAGUAACUGCUGCACAUUGCAUGCCUGGUAACCAGGCCGAAAUUUGUAAAUACGCUUUUUCAGAUUUUCUUUAUUAAAUUAUUAAAUUCGCGCGCUUCUAGAUUCUCGCCCGACUGCAGUCGGUAGUUCCCGGCGAGAUAUCUUUCAGCCGUGUUUAAACCUUGGUGGCAUUUCGUAUAUAUAGGUUGUGUGUUUGUGAGAUCAUUUCCCGUUUUUCCCCUUCACGGGGGUCUGCGUGCGUAAUGCCUUGCUUGCACCGUUUCUAUGACUAGAGGCAUUGUAAUGUAGCGCCGUCAUGUAUACGAAUUCAUUUUAUGAAGAACUGUCCAUAGCAACCUUUUCGUUUGUAUAUCUAGACACUUUGCCGUCAUUUACUGCCUUUUCCGUAUGAAUACUUGAAUGGUGACUGGUGUUCACUGCAGCUGUCGCUAGCAGUAGGCAACAGUGCUUAUGCAGAGCGUCGUUAUGUAAAUUUUGUUAGUUUUUGCAAAGUGGCUUGUGUUAUUAGUCAGAGUGUUUGAAGUCUGUGGAUGUACGCGUGUGUGCGUGAGUGUAUGUUUGUGUUCGUGUGCACAUGCUCCCGAUGCAACCCUUCUGCAGGACUAUGGUACUCCUCUAACCUACCGUUAAUUAUAGUAGGUACGUACUAGUAUGAAUGAUAACGCGUGCAGAAUGGUGGCCAUAUCUAUUGGUUAAUGUGUUUUCUGGCCUAAAGGUGGCGCUGUGACACCUACUUUAUUCACUUUCCCAACUAUGUGGGGCGGUCGCCAAAAUCGACCUUCGUGAUUGAUUAAGGUUCUGCCGAUCGAAACAAAACGUCAAUAGUAGAUUACGCUGUCCAUUGGUGUUGUAACGCGUUAUAUAAUAACUUAUAGACGGCAUUCAUUUGAACCGAUUAGAGUUAUGGCCGAAAGACAUGCGAUAUGGCUGAUGACUGCUUUCGUGAUCGGUGUUGUUGUGACGAUAGCUUUUUGUGCGUUGCACUUGCUUGGCCGUUUUGUACUGCACUAGUGCUCAUCGUGAGAAUCUACUCGCGCGGUAUAUUAAGCUCGGUGUUGUAGCAGCAGUGUUGUGCACGGCAGUUGCCGCAUGAGCAGCUCAAUGUUGUGUCGGUUUUUAAUGGGUGAUACUCCAUUAGGAGUGUUCCCAACUUUAAUGUCAUUAAUGGUCAUAAUAACAUAUAUAUAUAUGGUCAUGGUCAUAUAUUAGUUUGUGGUUUAAUGACAUUUAGGUUAGGGUUAGCGUUAGGGUUAGGAUUAUCAAUCAUUAAUCAUUAAUCAUUAAUCAUUAAUGAUAUCAAAGUUGGGAACACUCCUAAUGGAGCGUUAGCCUUUUUAAUGCACAGCAUUUCGAUUCGUGUAAUUUGCGCAAUGUCCCCGAUGUGUCCGUGCGACCACGGCGCAACUCCAAGUUCUAGUGGUCCUAAAAUGUCGAGUUCUAGCUGUCCGAAAGCGUACGGUUACCGUCCGGAUUUUCGCCGUUCGCCGCCGAUCGUCUACUUGGCACUUAAAUGCGUCACUUGCGUCUUACCUCGUAGUGUUCGUUAUAGCGUCUCUGCCGUUCAGCGACCGUCGCCAUCUUGCCGAUAAAAGCGUGAUGGUCGAGUGGCUGGCGGAGAUCGUUGGUGACUCCGCGGUGCAAGCCGGACCGUUCCGUACCGUUCACUUCAGUAAGAUUGUGUUACAUGAGAAUGUUUAUUUUGAUUAAAUAUUUAUGGUCAUAUACGGAAGUCGUCAAGCCUCUUCGUCGCGUUUGUAUAUUUGCGGAUUCGAUCAUACUGCAAAACAUUCGAACGCGUAGCAGGAACAAAAUUUCGCUGAGGUAGCGCUCAGUUAUUGUGCACAGUGCAUAACAGCACAAUGGAAGUUAACCUAAUUAAUUAAGCUUCAGAUAAUUAAUCUUCUUCUAACUGCCAAACGACACGUGACAGGUGGACAGCUUCACAAUCGACAGGUGACAGUGCCACUGUGAAUGAAAUUUAACGUGAUUUUGAGUUAACCAAUGAACUAACACUAAGUCAAUGUAAAAAUAUUUUGUCAUUGUAAAUUGUGAGCAAGUACAAUAUCGACUGGUGUUUACGUGAGAUACUAUAUUGGCUAAA